AUGGCACCGAUUCUUCUGAACUGCAUGGGAAACGAGCGCAAUGAGUACAUCAAGAAUCAAGUCCAGGUGAAAAAUCCCAACCUGGAAACCAUGGAGGAGGACAUCCUCUACCACUUAAGCUUGAGCACCAAGACUCACAACCUCCCAGAAAUGUUUGGCGAUAUUAAGUUCGUGUGUGUUGGUGGCAGCGCUAAUCGAAUGAAGGCUUUUGCGCAGUUCAUCCACAAGGAGCUGGAACUUUCUGGCAACCCGGAAGAAAUCACAGAUAUCUGUGAGGGAACUGACCGCUACUGCAUGUACAAAGUGGGGCCUGUGCUUUCCAUCAGCCAUGGAAUGGGAGUUCCAUCCAUCUCCAUCAUGCUUCAUGAGCUCAUUAAGCUGCUGCACCACGCCCAGUGCCAGGAUGUGGUCCUGUUCCGUCUGGGAACAUCUGGUGGCGUUGGUUUGGCUCCAGGGACGGUGGUGGUCACAGAAAAAGCAGUGGACUACUCCUUCCAGCCCCAGUUUGAACAGGUUGUUCUGGGUAAAGUGAUCACCAGGAGCACCGAGCUGGACGAGGAAGUGGCCAGUGAGCUUCUGCAGUGCUCCUCUGAGCUCCAGAACAUCCCCACGGUGAUCGGAAACACCAUGUGCACACAUGACUUCUAUGAAGGUCAAGGCCGACUCGACGGAGCGCUCUGCUCCUUCUCCCAUGAAGACAAACUGGAGUAUCUGAGGAAAGCUUACGAUGCUGGAGUGAGGAAUAUUGAAAUGGAGUCCACUGUUUUCGCUGCUAUGUGCCGCGUCUGUGGUCUUAAAGCUGCUGUGGUCUGUGUUACUCUGCUGAACCGCUUUGAGGGAGACCAGAUCAAGUCCCCCCAUGAUGUCCUGGUGGAGUACCAGCAGAGGCCGCAAAUACUGGUGUCCCAUUUCAUCAAGAAGCGCCUGGGAUAUGUUGUCUAACUUCUCAGCCACUAGAAAACACUGUAUAUAAGCUGUGACUGAUAUGUGAAUAUGUAUAUAAGCAUUUCAAUGUGUGAAUUAAACACCUAUUUAAAAGUCAAUAUUUCUUUGAUGACGCUAAAAUACUAAAUAUAUAUGUAUUGUUUUUUG